AAAAAAGAUGAAGAAAUGAGCGGUUGUGGGGUAGCGAAGUGUGAGAAUCCACCUCGCAAUUUUUAGUUUCCUCGGCCUUGACAUCGUGUCGGGUUUAGAGGAGGAGGAGGAAGAAGAAGAAGAUGAUGGUGGUGGUACAUCCAUCUUCCAUGUUUAGCACCACUUCUCAAGUUCCCAGCCAUCAUUCUUUCCCUUUCCAUCUUCACCAUCGCCAUUUUUCUCUUCGCAACGGAUCAACCGUAGGCGCAGAAUCCGCCGGUUGGAAGAGUCGUUCCCGCAAUCUCUCUCUCCCCCGCUUCAGGUGCGUUUCGUCCUCUUCUUCUUCUUCUUCUUCUUCAUCUUCUUCUUCGGACAAGACGACGCAGUGGCAGAGCGUGUGGAAGAGGUUCUGGAAAGUCGCGGCGCCUUACUGGUCUUCCGACGACAAAGCUCAGGCCAGGCUCCGUCUUGCCGCCGUCUUCGCCCUUACCCUCGGCACCACCGGCAUCAGCGUCGGCUUCAAUUUCCUCGGCCGUGAUUUCUACAAUGCCCUCGCUAACAAAGACCAAGAACAGUUCAUGAAGCAGCUGCUGUAUUACCUGUGUGGAUUCGCUGGCGGAAUUCCGUUUUUUGUGCUGAGAGAUUACGCGAAAGACACUUUAUCUCUCAGAUGGAGAUCAUGGAUGACCAAAUACUACAUGGAACGCUAUCUGAAAGAUCAAACCUUCUACAAGAUCCAGUCCCAGUCUAUAAUCGAUAACCCGGAUCAGCGUAUAGUCGACGAUCUCAGCUCCUUCACCGGGACAGCCUUAUCUUUCUCCCUGACGCUUUUCAACGCCGCUGUGGACUUGAUAUCUUUCAGCAACAUCUUGUUCGGCAUUUACCCCCCAUUGUUUGUGGUUCUCUUGGUCUACUCGUUCGGUGGAACAGCUAUCAGUGUCUUUCUGGGAAAGGGACUGGUGAAUCUCAACUUUCUACAAGAGAAGAAAGAAGCUGAUUUCCGGUACAGUCUUGUACGUGUGAGGGAAAACGCCGAAUCGAUUGCUUUCUACGGGGGGGAACAGAAUGAAAUGCAGCUUCUGCUGCAGCGUUUUAGAAGCGCUUUUGAAAAUCUAUCGGAAUUGCUGGUAGCAUCUAGAAACCUAGAGUUUUUCACAGACGGGUACCGCUAUCUCAUUCAGAUUCUUCCAGCUGCUGUCGUUGCCCCGAUGUACUUCUCCGGGAAAAUCGAGUUUGGUGUCAUUAACCAGUCGGUGUCCGCUUUCAAUCAUAUAUUAGGAGACUUCUCGCUCGUUGUUUAUCAGUUUCAAGCUAUCAGCGCAUUUUCAGCUGUCAUUGAUCGACUAGGUGAAUUCGAUGAUCUCCUGGAAAACGGCGGCUCCAGAGGUGGCACCCGCUCCAUGGAAGAGAUUAAGCUGAUGUAUCAGAGUCCGGAAAGGUCGUCAUCCUUUCUGGAUUCUAACGGUUCGGUUCAAUCUCGGCAGAGUCAAAAGGUUCUGGAAAUUGAAAACCUCACUCUGCAGACACCGACCAGUGGAGCAACAUUGGUCCGUGAUCUAUCCUUCGAACUAUAUGACAGGGACCAUCUGCUGAUUAUGGGACCAAGUGGGAGCGGCAAAACAUCACUGCUGAGAGCCAUGGCUGGGCUUUGGAGUUCUGGAAAAGGAAAAAUCACGUUCUACGUUAAUCCAGUCGGUGAAGGAGGAGGAGGAGGAGAAGGCAGUGUUGAGGAAAAGUCGGGGAACAGAAGAAGUUCUGGGGACGUGUUGUUCGUUCCACAGAGGCCUUAUAUGGUUCUGGGAACUCUGAGGCAACAGCUGCUUUAUCCCACAUGGACUAAUGAAUCUGAUUCAUCGGAUGGAGGCGAAAGAGGCGACAAGGAGGAGCUGCCUUUCCUGACAAGAGUUCCCGACUCUGACUCAUAUGCCGGAAAGUCUGGUAAUAAGCCGACAACAGAUGAUCUGAUACGUGCUCUAGAGAAUGUCCGUCUUGGAGGUGUAGUGGAUCGGUUUGGUGGGCUGGAUUCGUUGCAUGAGUGGUCGAGCGUUCUUUCUCUCGGCGAGCAGCAGCGUCUAGCCUUUGCGCGGUUGUUGCUGUCUGAGCCAAAGUUGGUUCUUCUUGACGAAUCUACAAGCGCUCUAGAUGAAGCUAACGAGGCGCAUCUGUAUCAACAAAUCGAAGCGGCUGGCAUUACGUAUGUAAGCAUCGGCCAUCGCCGAACUUUAACCAAGUAUCACAACAAGAUGUUGCAGAUAUUAACUGCAGAUUCGAAAAGCGAAGAACGCAACUGGCGAACCAAGGACAUCAGACACGAGGAUUCCUCUUCGUAUACGACAAUGAAGCAAUGAGAUGUGAAAUCCGGUUACUGGUGUAGAAUCAGAAGCCUGAGUGCGUAAGAGCCGGAAGAAAAAGAUUCGGACAGAGGGGGGGAAGUCUUCCAUCACUGUCGGAGAGCGUCCAGUUCUUGAAGCCAUUCUUCUUGUGCCGACUAAUGAUAUUUUUACGUGAACCUCGAGCAAUUAACGAUAUUUUUUUAGUGUGUAUAUAUUACCGAUCUAAAAAUGAAAUCAAACAAUUCUCUCGUUUGUUUUCACAAUCA